UUAAAAUCGAAUUAUGAAGAACGCAAUAAUAAAUUUUUUUUCGUUUGUAUUUACGUGUAAGGCAUUUUCUAUUGUGUUUCCGUAUUUUUAGUUGCUAGUGUAAAAAAUAAAAUGUAUAUCCAGCUGAAGUUUAAUGAAGCAUUUGGGAUUCCUCUAACAGAAGUGGAUCCCAGUGUGACUGAACAAACAUUUUGUGUCAUAACGAAAAGUUGGGGUCAGACAUAUAUACAUCGAUAUAAUCGAUUACCAUCUCUUCAUAUGUUUCAUCCAUAUGAUGCAUUCGAAGAUCAGCUAUUUCAUUGACAACUCAUAUAUAUUUUGAUAUAUGUUUAAUGAUCAUUGUCUUUGCUAACUUAGUUAAUUUGGCUGUACCAAAUUCUUUACCUUUGUUAUUUGAACGUAUAACAAUAGUUUUCUACUUCCUUGAAAUGGUCAGUCAAACUAUAAGUCGAGGAUUUAUUGAUGGUUCUUACUCUUAUUUGAAAAACCCAUGGAUGUGUCUUGAUUUCAUAUUAACUCUUUGCAGUUUGCCAGAUUUGGAAAUGAACUUAAAUAAAACAUUUGGAGUUCAAGCACUUCGGGGUAUUAGAGCAUUGCAAUUGAUCAGUAGAUUUCCAGGUGUUCAAACAAUGGCAGAAGGUAUUUUGUUAUCAAUAAAGCGAAUGCUUGGAGCAGCUCUGAUAAUGUUUCUUUUUCUCAUUGCUAUCACACUCACUGCAAAGCAAAAUGUGUUAUGAUGGCUAUACAUGCCUCCCAGACAUUGGAUCAAAUCCAAAUUUUAACUACACCAGCUUUGAUACUUUUAGUUUGUCUUUGCUAAAUAGUUUCCGCUUGGUAUCACAAGAUGAAUGGGAUGAUGUAUAUCGUAAGAUAAUUGAAGCUACAGGACCAUUUAGCACUUUCUUUUUUGUUCCUGUGAUAUUCUUUGGAUCAUUUUAUCUUCUUCUGAAUCUAAUGCUUGUUGUUGUAAUAAGCUCAUAUGAUGCUGUAGUGGCUUCAAA